UCACCUCUACAUUUUUUUUCUUUUACUGCCGAGUUCACAUUCACAGUCUUGCUAGCUAGCGAGGAUACAGGAAUAGUAGUGAGGAACACUCAAGAACUUUUCGAAGUAUUCAAUAGCGACAACAGAAUGCCCCGUGUUUACAUAGGACGACUUAGCUACCAUGUCCGCGAAAAGGACAUCCAGCGGUUCUUCGGUGGAUUUGGAAAGCUGAUGGAAAUUGAUUUAAAAAAUGGAUAUGGUUUCGUGGAGUUCGAAGACAACCGGGACGCAGACGACGCCGUGUACGAGCUGAACGGCAAGGAACUGUGCGGCGAGCGGGUGAUCGUCGAGCAUGCCCGGGGACCGCGUCGGGAUCGGGAAAGCUACGGUGCGGGUAGUGGUUACAGCAGCCGGAGCCGCACUGGCAGGGACAAGUACGGACCCCCAGUUCGUACAGAAUACCGCCUGAUUGUGGAGAACCUGUCCAGCCGUUGCAGUUGGCAGGACCUCAAGGAUUUCAUGCGCCAGGCUGGCGAGGUCACCUACGCUGACGCCCACAAGGAGCGUGCGAAUGAGGGCGUGAUAGAGUUCCGCAGCCACUCGGACCUGAAGCGCGCCAUUGACAAGUUGGAUGGAACUGACAUCAACGGGAGAAAAAUCCGUCUGGUGGAGGACCGGCCUCACAGGCGGAGGUCCUACUCUGGCAGCCGCUCCAGAUCUCGCAGUCGCCGGCGUUCCCGCAGCAGGAGCCACAGGAGCAGAAGCUCUAGGAGUCGAUCCAGAUCCAAAUCUAGGUCUGGUUCCCGUAGCAACAAGCGCUCUAAUCGCUCCAGGUCGGAUAGGAAGUCUCGCUCCAAGUCUGGCGACAGCAAGUCGGGCUCUCGCAACCGCAAGUCCCCCUCACGGUCCAAGUCCAAAUCUUGCUCGCGCAGAUCUGGCUCCCAAACCCCCGAGCGCAAAUCCAAGUCCCGCUCAAAGAGUCGCUCCAAGGUGAAAUCAGAACGAGAUUCCCGCAGCAGGUCCAAGGAGAAGGCGGACGAGAAGUCCCACAGCCGUUCGGCCUCUCCUGUGAAAAAUGGUAACGGGGAGCGCGAGGCCAAAUCCGCGUCCCACUCCCCAUCACCUCAGGAGGACGAGCGCCGGUCCCCGUCCAGAGAGAGGCACUCGGCCUCCCGCUCCAGGUCUAGAUCUGCUUCUCAGGAUUAGCACACUUGAGCUUCCAUCCUUGGCUGUACAUACUGAGCAGUGUUUACUUCCUGGCCUCUGCUUCCUGGAUUUGUCUUUAAAUCAAUUUUUUGCUUUUGUUGUUGCUGCAGUUUGAUUCAAAGCAGCCGUUGCUCUGCCCAAUGCGCCUCAUGGGUAGCGUGAACAACCAGAAAUUAAUGUGAACAAAAUCGUUAUUUAACCGUCUGGUUUCUAAAGGGAUGUUCACACACACACACACACACACACACACACACACACACACACACUUACACACUUGGCAACAUUAAGUUAUUUCUGAUUGCUUCCAGGUUUUUCUGCUUUUCUUGUUAUCCCUCUUAUAAGAAAACGUUAUUGGGCAAGAACAUGAUUGGGUUUCAUUAGAACUUCACAGACAGCCCGUGUAUAUAGUGGUCUCUUCAGAA